GCCGUUUCUGUCUGACAGCGUUCCUGCUGCUGUCAGCGCUGAUGCUACUGGACUUUGAAACACCUUUAUAUGAAGCAAGAAGCGCAUGAAUAACAAUGUCAACCGACGAUCGGGGUUUAUUGACAAAGCAGCUGAUCGGUACAAGUCAGAGUGAUGGAGCAAGGGGAGCUGCAACUAAGCUCUCUGAAGUCUCUGCCAAGAACACAGUGUCAGUCAAAGGCUUGAAGGAUAACUGGCAAAAGUGGUCCAGCGAGCACCAGCAAUACCAGAAGAACAACCCCUUUAGUAAUGACACAAGGACCAGCCCAGCGGUUCUUCAGAGAGGAGAGGACGACUAUGGCAGACCUCAGCAGGGCUCCCUGACGGAGCGAAGAGGAAAGGACGCCCACACACACGUCAGCAGGGAGGUGCAGGAGUUAUGCCAGGUGAUCAGGAACAUUGGAAGUCAGAACAAGGAAGACAGAGAUGGAGUGACAGUGGAAUUUGGGAGACUGUUUGAACAUUAUGUGAACAUAUCCAAUAAGCUGGUGGGGAUACUUCUAAGAGCCAGGAAGCAGAAGUUGGUGGACUUUGAGGGGGAAAUGUUAUGGCAGGGGAAGGAUGACCAUGUGGCCAUCACACUACUGCAGUAACCACGCACAUUCAUUUAGUAGUUUGGAUUUUCUAAAAUUACUUUUAACCCUUUUAAAAACAAGUGGUAGCCAUUAUUGAUUAGACUCCACCUGAAGACCGCAACCAAUGUUCCCGAGAUCAUAGUCAUUGGGCAAUUUAUUGGUAACAUUUUCAAUACUUCAGUCGCUGAAAGACAAGGGGAAUGGAGCAGGCGACUUGUCAGUAAAAAGGGAACAUGAUCUCUCUGGGCUCAGGUGCUUCUGUGUCUGUAUAUGUUUCAAGUGUACCUUCAUUACUGACUGACCUCCAUCAGGACAACUGCAUAUAUUGGUUGAUCUCCUGCUAAUACAAUGUUCCAUGAAGAAAAAAACUGAACUGAGAGAAGACAAGAUUUUGAACAAAGGAAACACAGAGCUUGUGUGUUUAAUUCAGCAGCAAAACCCUUUUAUUAUAACUGAAUAUUUAUCAGGUAACAUACAAGUACACAUCACAUAUAGUAAAAGGUUGCAUUUAAGCCCCUGAGAAUCUGACUGACAGAUUAUUAAAAUUAUCAUAUAGGCACAUACUUCAAAUACUGAGUAGUCAUUUUAAAUACAUUCUCCAAGAAAGGAUGAUGCUGCAGGAUGCUUCAGUAUUUUAGACACACUUAGAUUUUUGUAUUCAUUCAUUCUUCUACACACUUGCACAUAGUACGGUGAUGUUUCAUAUUAAUAUACAUAAUUUAUCUAAAGUUACAUGGGUAAAUAUGAAUAAAAGAAGUGUCAUUUCAAUGAUCUGCUCUCUUGUUAUGAUGUGUAGUGGAUCUCUAUCUAAGAUUCACAGUGUAGUUAUAUUUCGCAUUAAAGC